CAGACCUUGCACGCGUGGCCAUGUCACCUCGCUCGGUCAUGCAAAUCCUAGUCACUCCCUUCACCCUUGCGGCAGGUCUCGUGCUUCUCUGUCUGCAGAUCGGCGUCUCGGGCAUCAUCGGCUUCAUCGUCAUCAUUGUGUCAGCGCCCAUUACCACCUGGUUGACGAAGCGAACCUAUGAGCAGCGCAAAAAGUCGACCGAGUUCACCCAACAGAGAUCAAAGCUGCUACAAGAGUUACUGGCGUCCAUGGCGACUGUCAAACUGUUCACCUACGAACUGCCGUUCCUCUCACGCCUCAACAAGACACGUGAAUCGGAGCUUAAUGGCGUUCGAAACAUCAACUUCCUCGAAGCAACAACAGAGUCCAUCUUCCAGUCGCUUCCACUGCUCGGGUCCAUCUUUGCAUUCAUCAUGUACUCGGCACUUCACCCCCGCAUGGACAUUGCGAAUCUCUUCACCGCAGUCACAUACUUUGCCCUCCUUCAAGGCCCGCUCUACACCAUUCCCCAAGCGCUGGGGUCGCUUACCAAUGUGGUCAACGCCCUCCAACGACUGGCACCAGUUUUUGAAGCCGAGCAGCGAAGCACCGAAUCGUCUGUUGACCCCACUCUUGACGUGGCCAUCAGUGUUCGGCAUGCAUCUUUCCGGUGGGAUGCCGUCGACGAGGCCCCACCAGAGAAAGGCGCCAACUCUGCUGCAGCCUUCGCCAUUCGCGACCUCAAUCUGCAAGUCCCUCGAGGAUGCCUCGUGGCUGUCAUCGGGCCGGUUGGGUCGGGCAAAAGCAGCAUCCUUCAAGGCAUACUGGGCGAAAUGACGACCAUUGAUGGAGACGUAAAGUUUGGCGGUCGUACAUCAUAUUGCCAACAAGCGGCGUGGAUCCAAAACGCAACUCUCCGCGACAACAUCCUCUUUGGCCAGCCUUGGGAUGAGGCACGAAACUGGAAGUGCAUUCGUCAAGCCCACAUGACACGUGAUUUGGAGAUUCUACAGGACGGUGAUCAGACCGAGGUAGCCUUGAGCGCUGUGUGGUCGCUGACGUCUCAGAUUGGAGAGAAGGGCAUCAACCUAUCUGGAGGCCAGAAGCAACGAGUCAACAUUGCUCGUGCACUGUACUACGAUGCCGACAUCUUGCUUCUCGACGACCCACUCAGUGCGCUUGACGCUCAUGUGGGCAAGGCCGUCUUCAACGACGCAAUCGUGCCGCUGAGAGACGCUGGAAAGACGGUUCUUCUUGUCACUCAUGGCCUUCAUUUCCUGCCCCGGGUUGACUACAUUUACUCGAUUGCCGACGGUCGAAUCGUGGAGGAGGGUACUUAUGGAGACUUGCUCGCGUCUCCCUCCUUCAAGUCCCUCAUUGAUGCCUUUGGCGGCGGGCAUGAAGCCGACUCGGACGGCGACGUGGAGGUGGAGCCACCCCAGGCUGCAAUCAGUGACGACGCAAACAAAGCUGUUGGAAGCGGCAAUGGAAAGGGCACCUUGACAACGGCGGAGAAGCGCGUCACUGGAGCCGUCGGGAUUUAUGUCUACUGGGCCUACCUUGUCGCCAGCAAUCUCAAAUGGCUUGGACCGCUCCUGGUCAUGAUCGUCCUCAUGGAAGGCUCUCAAAUCAUGUCCAAUGUGUGGCUGACUUACUGGGAGAGCAACAGCUUCCACCGUCUCCCUCCUUUCUAUCAGGGCAUUUACGCCAUGCUAGGCAUCAUGUCUGCGAUCUUCACCGGCCUGACUGGCGUGUCCCUGGCCUUGAUGGCGAUCAAUGCUUCGCGCAACCUUUACCGCAAGGCUCUUCAGCAUGUCUUUUUCAGCCCCAUGAGCUUCUUCGACACGACCCCACUUGGGCGAAUCCAAGGCGUCUUCAGCACAGACAUUGGAACGAUCGACGGUAUGUUGAUCGGUUCGAUCAUUGUCAUCUCUAUCCACUUUCCCUACUAUGUUGCAAUAGUCGCAGUUGUUGGCAUUCUCUACGGCCUCGUCGUUGGAUACUAUCGUCCAUUCGCUCGGGAAUCUCAACGACUCGAUGCGCUCAACCGUGGCCUGCUCUUCUCUUACUUUUCAGAAUCGCUGACUGGAAUGGCUACCAUUCGAGCGUACGGAGAAACCGGCCGUUUUCUGUCGGAAAACUCGAGGCUGGUCGACCUCCAGAAUCGAGCCACUCUGGCAAACAAUGCCGGAAAGCAAUGGCUAUACGUGCGGCUUGAAAUGGCAGGAUCCAUUUUAGUGUUUGCGGUUGCCCUCAUGUGUACCGCCGGUGGUGGCUCGAUCAACCCGGGCCAGGUAGCCUUGAUCCUGAAUUACAUGGUGGCAACUACGGCCCAGUUGAGCGCGCUGGCCGGCGUCGGCACAUUGCUCGAGACUGCCAUGAACUCGGUGGAGCGCAUCUUACCGUACUCUGACGGCGACAUACCGCAAGAAGCCGCCUACGACAUCAAGGACACCGACCCCGGUCCUCAGUGGCCAACCAAAGGUGCCAUCAUUAUGGACAAGUUGGUCAUGUCGUACCGCCCCGGCCAGCCCAUUGUUCUCAAGGGCGUGUCGUUGAACAUUGAGCCUGGUCAGCGCGUAGGCAUUGUAGGACGGACGGGUGCCGGCAAGAGCUCCCUCACGAUCGCUCUAUACCGCCUAACAGAGCUUUUAUCCGGCACCAUCACCAUAGAUGGCGUCGACGUGAGCAAGAUUGGCCUCAAGGCGUUACGCUCAAAGCUGUCCAUCAUCCCGCAAGACCCCGUGCUGUUCAGCGGCACUCUGCGUUCCAACCUCGACCCCUUCGACGACUAUCCCGACGCUGUUUUGAACGAAGCACUGCAGAGAGCCCAUCUUGUCAAAGGACCAUCCUCAGAUGCGACCCAACGGUUUACGCUGGACAUGGCCAUUGAUACCGACGGCUCCAAUCUCAGUAUCGGUGAACGCUCUCUAGUCAGCCUUGCCCGCCCGCUGGUUCGUGACUCCAAGAUCAUGGUUCUCGACGAGGCUACAGCUUCCGUUGACCUGGAGACCGACGCUGCGAUUCAACAGGCCAUUCGCGAAGAGUGCCGCAGGAGCCGCAAGACCCUCCUUUGUAUCGCACACCGCCUCCGUACCAUCAUUGGCUGGGACAAGAUUGUCGUCAUGGAAGCCGGCGAGGUCGUCAACUUUGCAUCACCCCUAGAGUUGUUUGACAACGAGGACGGCAUCUUCCGCAGCUUGUGCAACGAAUCGCGCAUCAGUCGCGAGGAGAUUAUUCAGGCUGGGCAGAUCGAGUCGUUGUAG